AUGCUGACCGAAAAGACCAAGCCCGAAUACGUCGACCUCGACGCCGAGUUUCACCCACUUCCUAAGCACGGCCACCUCUCCGCCAAACACCCGGUCUAUGCGGCCUCGGAAGCCGCGAUCGGCGCCAUGUACGCGCAAAUUCAAGCGCAGCCGGAUUUCGCGUCGGUGCGUAGAGUGGCCGGCGACGCGGACGCGCCGAUGCCCCGGGGCGGACCGGAUCGGUAUCGGGACGUGACCACGGAGCUGCUGUACUUCAAGGCCCGGGAUGGGGAGGAGAUCGAGCUCAAGGUGUACAAGUCGCCGAUUGUUCGGCCGAAUGCGGUUUUGAUGUAUCGCAUGCAUGGAGGCGGAUGGUGCGUGGGGCGUCACGAGGUUGACGGUGCUGAGAACGUCUACGCCGCGACCAACAAGAACAUUGUCGUUGUCAGUGUAUGCUAUCGCAAGGCGCCGGAGGAUCCUUUUCCUUGUGGGCUGCAUGAUAGCUAUGACGGUCUCUUAUGGUGUAAAAUGAACGCGACAGCCCUCGGAGUUGACCCAGAGAAGAUCAUCCUCAGCGGGAGCAGCGCAGGAGGAAACCUAGCAAGUCUCGCGAAGCAGCCCACACCCGCCGCCGCCCUAGCAAUCGAAUGCAGGGACAACGGCAUCACGGGCGUCAUUGCCCAAGUCCUGCACUUCCCAAUCAUCUGCCAUCCCAAAUUCUUCCCGAGAGAAAAAUACGAGUAUGGCAGCUACAUCCAGAACAACGACAACCCGGUCAUCGGCGCUCUGGCGAUGGAAGGCGCCCUCGAUGCGUACCUGCCCAAGCCGAAGCCCGACCAUCGCCAUUCGCCCAUACUGGCAAAGUCUCUGAAGGACCUGCCUCGUACGCUCAUACAAUGCGCCGGGUACGACGUCCUGCGCGACGAAGCUCUCGCGUAUGCGGAAGCAUUGGAGGCUGAGGGUGUGGAUGUCGAGGUGCAUGCAUACCGAGGCCUGCCGCACUGCUUUCCUGCGGUUUUGCCUGCUGCUGAGGAGGAAGUGUCGAGGUUUUACGAGAGGUACAUGGCGUUUUUGGAUAAGGUAACUGGCGGGUCAACUUAG